AAGGGCUGUCUCGCUAGGCGAUAGCGGGAUGUCCCCGCACUGACCGCCCUGGGCCCGCGCCCGCCCGCGUAAACGCGCCCGGUCCGACCCCGCGCCACCAUGUAAACGGCGCCCGCAGGCGGACGCCGGCUUCUCCGCCCGGGACCCCUUUGCCCUGCCCCGGGCCCCAGGGCCCUCGAUGAGGACACACCAUGCUGACCGGGGUGACCGAUGGGAUCUUUUGCUGCCUGCUGGGCGCGCCACCCAAUGCUGUGGGGCCACUGGAGAGUGUGGAGUCCAGUGAUGGCUACACCUUUGUGGAGGUCAAGCCUGGCCGCGUGCUGCGGGUGAAGCAUGCUGGACCCGCUCCGCUCCCCACCCCACCUCCACCACUGUCAGACGCCGCCCAGGGGGACCAAUCUGGCUUGGUCCACUGCCAGCGCAGAAUCACCGUGUACCGCAACGGGCGGUUACUGGUGGAGAACCUGGGCCGGGCACCACGAGCUGACCUCCUGCACGGGCAGAACGGCUCUGGGGAGCCACCAGCCGCCCUCGAGGUAGAGCUGGCUGACCCAGCGGGCAGCGAUAGCCGCUCGGGCCCAGGCAGUGCUGGGAGUGGCAGUGGCGGACGACGGCGGCGAGCCCGACGCCCCAAGCGGACCAUCCACAUUGACUGUGAGAAGCGCAUCACCAGCUGCAAGGGCGCCCAGGCCGAUGUGGUGCUCUUUUUCAUCCACGGUGUCGGCGGUUCCCUGGCCAUCUGGAAGGAACAGCUGGACUUCUUUGUGCGCCUGGGCUACGAGGUGGUGGCGCCCGACCUGGCCGGCCACGGGGCCAGCUCAGCGCCCCAGGUGGCCGCCGCCUACACCUUCUAUGCACUGGCAGAGGACAUGCGUGCCAUCUUCAAGCGCUAUGCCAAGAAGCGAAACGUGCUCAUUGGGCAUUCUUACGGUGUCUCCUUCUGCACGUUCCUGGCGCAUGAGUACCCAGACCUGGUGCACAAGAUGAUCAUGAUCAACGGUGGGGGCCCCACGGCACUGGAGCCCAGCUUCUGCUCCAUCUUCAACAUGCCCACGUGCGUCCUGCACUGCCUGUCACCCUGUCUGGCUUGGAGCUUCCUCAAGGCUGGCUUCGCCCGACAAGGGGCCAAAGAGAAGCAGCUGCUGAAGGAGGGCAAUGCGUUCAAUGUGUCUUCCUUUGUGCUUCGGGCCAUGAUGAGUGGCCAGUACUGGCCCGAGGGCGACGAGGUCUACCAUGCCGAGCUCACCGUGCCCGUCCUGCUCGUCCAUGGCAUGCACGACAAGUUUGUGCCGGUGGAGGAAGACCAGCGCAUGGCUGAGAUCCUGCUCCUGGCCUUCCUGAAGCUCAUCGAUGAAGGCAGCCACAUGGUGAUGCUGGAGUGUCCGGAAACGGUCAACACGCUGCUCCACGAAUUCCUGCUCUGGGAGCCCGAGCCCUCGCCCAAGGCCCUGCCCGAGCCCCUGCCCACGCCGCCAGAGGAAAAGAAGUAGCCGCUGAGCUGGCAGGGUAGCGCUUAGUGAGCCGACGAGCCUGAGGAGGAGCCCGGAGCCGGAGUUGUGGGUCUGCCGCGCGGACCACCUGGGCGGGCCGUUCGCUCCAGCGGGCGGGGUCAGGUCAGGGAGACGCCCCCCAGGCCGGCUGGGCAGGACGUGACGUUCGUGGGAGCCAGGUGGACACACCGCUCUCUGCUAGUCCUGCGGGACCCAUCGGUUUUUCGGGGCCAUAGCCGGGACCCCCGCGGAGGAUGACCUUGUACAGAAGCCCCCUACCCCACAACGCCAGGGCCGAGGCAGGCCACCACCCCGCUCUCUGUCUUCCGUGUUCGCCGUGCUUGAUCCUGGGACCCACGAGCCCCGCAGGGACCCUCGAGACCCCGCCCCAAUGCCCGAGACCCCUUACCACCCCACCAUUCCUCGGCGCUGGGAGCUAUUGUGGCCCAAGGAGGGAGGGUUUGGGAGGGGGCUGACACCACCGAACCCGCACAUCUCAACUUGUAACUCAAUAAAAAGAAGUGACAAUCUGAGCCUCCAGGCCUGUGUUGGGUGACCGCAGCGCGGGUCCGCCCUGAGCCUCAGUUUCCCCAAGUGCAGACUGAACUGAGUCGAGUGCCUCCCCCUCAGGGCUGGCCCACAGAGACUUGAGGAUGUCGGCCGUCCAGGCUUUCUUCCCGAGUUCCCCUCCCUCCUCAAAAUGCAGGGGCUACUUGGGCACUAUUUCCAGAGCAGAAGGCAGAUAGGGGGUGAGCUCCCCGUCCCUGGAGGGGAGGAGGAGAACCAACUGAGGUCGAUGCUGAAGUUGAGGUGAGGAUCCGAGGACGGUUGCAUCUGGUUACAGUAGCCAUAAUUGUGUCAGCUGUAUGCAAAGCCCUGUGCUGAGUGCCUGACACCCAUAGGUUCAUUCAAUCCCCUUCACUCCACACCACACAGCAAGUUAGUACCUCUUACUGUCCCAUUUUAUCUUAUAACUUGGUUUUGAGUUGCUUUUGUUACGAAGAUGAUUUUUAUUUUGAAUCUGUCUUUUUUGAAUCCAGAUUUCUCUGGAUUUCCCUGCUCCAUGGCUGUGCUCUUGGUCCUCUAUAUUUUAUUCUAAUGUAUGUAUAUCUAGGUUUACCCGUGGUUUGUGUGGCCGGUGGGAGGAGAUUUGUCCCCUCAGUUGCUGCACCUUUGGUCCUUUCCCCACUGGUUUGUGAGCCCCCCUUUAAUUUAAACCAGGGGUUCUUACAGGGGCACUGUUGUUGGUUGACAAAUUCUGGAGAUAUGUUUGAUUACCACAGCUGGAGGGGGAGGUGCUCCUGGAAUCUUGUGGGUGGAGCGCAGGAAUGCUGCCUGACACCCUACAGUGUACAGGACGGCCCCCACUGCACUUGGUCUCAAAAGUCAGUAGGGCCAAGGUUGGGAUACCCUGUGUUUUAGACAAAUCCCACCUCCUCUGGGCCUCUUUUUUUGGCGGGGGGAGGGAUGUCUCUGGAUUCUUUCUGUUUGUGUAUUCUUGGGAGAUGGCA